UAACGAGGAAUAUCGGACAAAAGCAAAACCUUUCAAAUUUGAUGGAUCUACAGAGAAGAAAAUCUCUUCUAAUAGAUCACCUACGAAUGAAUCACGAGAUGAUGCGUUUAAAGAAGUGCUAAAUAAAAUGGAUGAUAAUAAAGAAGCAUUGGGAGUUGGGCAAUCUCGAAAUUAUCCUUUGCGAUUAUCAAAAUAUUUGGAAUUAUCGGAAAAGGGGGCAUUACAUUUAUUAACUGAGAAUGACUUCAAU